AAAUUUGUCGUUUCUCACGGGAAAUACAAUUAGGUGAUACAAAAUCGAUCUAAACACCAGCCGUGCUGUUACCUAAUAGCGCCAUCUGGCCGAUCUGUGAGAAGACACCCCGGGGGAACAGAGGAUUGAGUUCCCGUCAACACACAGUGUUGCAACAUUACAAACAUAUCACAAACAGUUACAGCAGGCCCCACUACAACCAUGGAGAAACGUUCGCCAAAGUUGAGGCCGUUUGUUCUCUACAUCACCAUGUUGUCUGUGCUGUGGCUGAUGUUUGUUUUUAUCGUGUUUACGCUGACGGCUUUGGACGACAGUAGAUCACGUGAAGUCAUGGAUCAAAAUGUGCGCUUUGCUUAUCAAAAGCAUGAUAUUCCGAGAAAACCUGUCAACUUGUCAACGGCCCUUGCCCGACCCCAUGAUGUGAACCGGAUCCUCCCGGGUAAACUGGGAACAGGAGUGUACUUCUCACCUCAGACAGACGAAGAAAUGAGACUUGUUGCUGAAGGUUAUGAGAAAUACGCUUUUAACCAGUACGUCAGUGACAUGAUCUCUGUACACAGGACCUUACAAGACCUAAGGCAUCAAUCUUGCAGGGAGAAAGCGUACUUCCAGCCUUUGCCGUCAACUAGUGUCAUCAUCGUGUUCCAUAACGAGGCCCUGUCCACCCUUCUCCGCACGGUGUACAGCGUACUGGAGAACACACCAGCGGAACUGCUGCAGGAGAUCUUACUGGUGGACGACUUCAGUUCGUACCGAAAUCUAAAGUCCGAGUUGGAAGCGGAGUUAUCACAGAUCGGUUCUUUGGUUCGUUUGUUGCGAGCGAAACGGCGAGAGGGACUCAUCAGGGCCAGGCUGCUGGGGGCCCGGCAUGCACAGGGGCAGGUCCUAACCUUCCUGGAUUCCCAUUGCGAGUGCAUGCCGGGAUGGAUGGAGCCGUUAUUGGAGCGUAUUGCGCAUGACCGUACAAUCGUGGUCUCCCCUGUUUUAGACUAUAUUGACCUGAACACUUUCAAAUAUAACUUUUACGUCACAGAAGGUGUGCCCAGAGGAGGGUUUUACUGGACUAACAUGAACUUCUGCUGGAGCCAAGUGCCUCAAUACGAGUGGGAUAGGCGAACGUCACCUAGCGAUCCCAUUAGGACACCAACAAUAGCAGGUGGAAUAUUUUCUAUUCACAAGGAGUAUUUCGAACACAUCCGAACGUACGACACAAACAUGGAGAUAUGGGGAGGCGAAAACCUGGAUCUAUCAUUCAAGGUUUGGCAGUGUGGUGGCAGCCUUGAGAUCCUGCCCUGUUCACAUGUCGGCCACGUGUUCCGAGGCAGCGUGCCUUACAAUUAUACCGUACCAGAAGGGGUCAAUGUUGUUAUCAAGAACACUAUGCGCGUUGUGGAAGUUUGGAUGGACCAGUAUAAGGACAUCUACUACAGGAGGCAAAAAUUGACGAAAACGAUGUCACCAGGUGACCUGUCACAGAAACGGAAAUUGCGUCACGUCCUCGGUUGCCGGAACUUCACGUGGUAUCUAAGGAAUGUGUAUCCGGAACUCUACGUUCCAGACCUAGUACCAAGAGCUUAUGGUCAGGUAUUACAUAUGUCGACAGGUUUGUGUCUCGACGCCACUAACCCAAACGGCUUGGCUGGAGUGAAAACAAGUCUCUACUAUUGUCAUGGGCACGGCGGUAACCAGUACUUUGAAUAUACAAGAGAUCACGAGCUGCGAACUCCUAUUGGUCGAAACUGGGACCUCUGUCUGCACUGUGGUAUGGGUUCGCUAGAUGUCAUUACUACACACUGCACAGGUCCGAGUAAGGUUGUCCAAGACCAGCUUUGGUUGUACACGCAGGAGAAGACGUUGUUGCAUCUCUACACACAUUAUUGUCUGGAGGGAACGCCAUAUGGGGUCACCUUGGCGACGUGCAACGGACAAGACAACCAGAUAUGGAGACUAGAGAACAUACGUUUACAAGACUAGCCACUUGAAUCAUAUAAUACCUUUUGUCUUCUUCAACAUUUUGGGCAAUGAGCAUAGAGUAUGAAACCUUCUAGAAAGUUCCUUUAUGGCAAACAUGUUCACAAAAUUAUGUCAGCUAUCGCGGUAUUAAAAAAACACCCUAGACUUAUCUUAUUAUCAUUCCUCUCUAAUUUAAUGUCCAUGUGAUUUUUCUCCAAUGCUUAGCCAAAAAUGAUAACGUGGUCCUUCUAGUAGAUAUUUCAUGCACUAUAAUACCAAAUUUCGGGCCCUUUUGACUUCAUACCUUAGCACGCGAGGCAAAAAUAUACAGUUUUUGUCAGAAGGUGGAAAAACAUUCAAUAAAAUCACCAUAAUGGCAUUGGCGGGCUAAUGGCAAGGGGGUUGAAACGUGGGGAAGAAAAACAGAGACUUUCCUCAUACUAAAGCGAAAACAAAAAAGAUGUACAUUGUGUAAAACAUGUACUUUCUAUAGUUAAAUAAAAACUAUAUGUAAUUUUGUUUUGUAAAAAUCGACAAAAGUAUUAUCAACUGUGUUCCUUAUUAACAAUCGAAUAUGUAUUACCAACUAUAGUUACAGUAGUAAAUGAUCUGUUCUGCAUGUUUCUGUAUGUCUUAAAUGAGUCAGUUUACAUUAGGCUAUGUUAUUAUAACAUUAACGACCAGCAUGUUCCUUCACUCACGGCUUUUAUUUGGUGAUAAUGCAAGCUACCAGGAAUAAUGGGUAUCAUACGAGUAUAAACAUCAAGGCGGGUCAUCGACCCAAUCUCGGCAUUUUCUAUUUUCUAUGAUAACAACAAUAACGAC